AAGGGGAAAGGAAGAGGCAAUAGAAAGUGGGGAGGAGGAAAAGCAGCCUCUAAGGAAAUCCUUGAGUGCAUAUUGUUCUGGGUUUGUGCAUUAAUGAAUGAGCUCACAGAGGACUUUCCAAAAGCUGAAUGCUUUCCAUUGGUUGAACGAAAAUACAGACAGGAGGAAAAGGGAGAACUGCUCGAAACUGGGAAUAGUCCUUCCCCUUUCAUUUGAAGAAUGUAGUAGCUUCUCCCCGAGUUCUUUCAGUUUCGUCUUUGAACCUUUCCAUUUGCAUUUAUCAACCUGCUUUAUAAAACAGAUAAUCGAUUGCCUUGGAUUUGUGGUGUGACCAAGUUUUUUUAAAAAAUGCCCCAGUUUCUUAAAGCUGUAGGAAAAAGGCUGGAGAAAUUAGGAAGGCAAAACUUGGACAAGUUAUUUGAAGAUGUGCAUGCAGGAUUAUUAGAGGAUAAAACAUCACAAGGCAGUGAUCACCAAGGUGAUGUGGACAAGUUUCAAUCAAAACGGAUAGGAAGAAAACUGGAGAUAAUUGGAAGGCGUAACCUGGAACAGUUGGCUAAAGACUUUGUGGCAGAUACGAAUGUGACUGAAUUGCUUAACGGUGGGCUUGAAAGUGAUGAUAACAUGUCAGAUUGUUGCCAGAGUGAACUUACUUCACCAGAGGUGGCAGCUGAAACUCAAAAUGAAAACGUGAUGGAUGAACUCAAGAUAAAACUUCAAAAUGUAUUUCAGCAUGGAAAGGUCCCAUUUUAUGUCCGGACAGUGACUGUUUGUGGCUACAGGACCGCUGGGAAAACGACUCUGCUGCGGAAAUUACUUAAUGAAUCAUUUCGGGAGGAUGAGCCCAUAACAGACGGAAUACGGAUUGGACAGAUAGAUAUUAAAAACUGGGAAAAAAAGCUAGAUAAUCCAAGCGAUGAUUUAACGACUGCAAUUGCAUCCUGUGUUUUAAAUUCUGAUAAACAACCACUUGAAGGAAUGCUUACAAGGCAAAGUGACACUGGUUCAAGUGAAGAACAAAAGGAUGUCGAUAAAGCAGGUGCUGCCAUGAAUGAAGCUUUUACCAAUGAGAUAUUGAUGAAAUUGAAAGAAACCAGCAAAGUCCCAGAGGAGUUCUCAGUAUUUAGGUACUAUGACUUUGGAGGACACGUGGAAUAUCAACAGAUGCACAUGCCCUUUUUACCUAACAAUGCUGUCUACUUAUUGGUCAUUAACCUAAACCUACAAUUAAACGACACAUUACCAGCAAAGGAAAGGCCGCUUAGAGGACAAAGAGUAAUAGACACCUGUGGAUUUACCGUGCAAGAAUACCUUGACUACUGGAUCAGGUGUAUUUGCUCCCUCUGCAGAGAUAGUAAGACUACCUGCCAUGUCGUUCUGGUUGGGACUUUUGCCAAUGACUGCAGAAAUGCUGAAGAGGCUUUGAGUACAAUAUAUAGUUACCUUCAAAAAUAUUUCCCAGCCGGUGUACUUUAUAAUCAGAAAUUCGCUGUUGACAAUUCUGUUGACCAUGACCAGGGAACUGGAUACAGCAAGCUACGUUCAGCCAUUGAGAAUCUUUCUAGACAGGUUGCAUUUGAAGACAACAUUGUUUUGUGUCGUGCAAAAUUGUACUACCAUAUUCUCCAUUGUACUGAGAAAUACCUGCUGUGUUCAGAUCUGUAUUUACCAUGGUAUGAGAUAAUGGGCAGUCCCCAAGGUGUAGAGGUGAGCAGUGCUGACAAGAAGCAUCAAGUACAGACUGCACUGCAAGUCUUGAACUACAUGAAAUUUGCGUACUAUUCUGACCCGAUCUUGGUCUUGGAUCCUCAGUGGCUUAUUGAUCUCAUGGCUGCUUUGAUUCCAGUCAACUGUAUGCCACCACCAAAGAUACAAACUGCACCAUUUCCAAUUCAGCGUGAGUGGAUGAAACUAGUCAACACUGGAAAAUUUUCUGAAAACCUCCUGCAAUAUAUUUGGUCAAAUGAAGCACUAAAGCUUAAGGAUGAGUUACUUGACAUUAUGAAAAGCCUAAAAUUAGUUCUGCAUGCCAAUCCAGAGUCCAAGUGUUACCAUCUUUGGUUCAAACGUAAACAAAAGGAGAUUUUUCUGUGCUUUUAUCAGGACCAAGUUAUCAUGCCCUUCUGGAAAGAUGUUUUUAAUGAAUUGAUACCCUUAUUUCAAAAGGAAUGGCCCUACAUUGAAUCGCUCGAUGCUAUGUUUGUUCUACUCGAAAAGAAAAAGAAUGCUGAUUACAAAAUACAUCUGGAGUUGAGACAUGAUAAAGUACUUCUGGUGAACAAAAAUGAGUUUGAACACGAUGAUUUUGUUUAUAAAGUUGGUUCUAUUGUGGCGCAUAUGCAACAGCAAUACCCUACACUAUGUUUGUUUGUGGAUGGUAAACCCUACAAAGCAAUUGAACUCUUUGUUCAGGUCAAGCACAGGGUAAGGGAAAACGUGGAGGUGGUGAAUGCAGUGAAAAUCUUCAUGGAGGAUCAACCAGAAAAACAAAUGGAUAUUUUCUUCAGAGGUCAGUUAAUUGACAUCCGAUUUGAUACAACACCAGCAAGUAUGGUGGAUAGCAUUGAAGAAAGAAUGCUGAUAAAAGCUUUGGCAGAACUCAACCGAUUUCAUGGGGCUAAUGCAGAGGAGAUAUGCAGACAAAGGCUUGAACUCUUACCGAUGGCUCACUUCUUUUCCAAAGGAAGAGAGUUGGUAACCAACUUGUGUGAACUGCUGAGAAAAUUACACAAUAAUUCCACAGAGGACAGGGGAUAUAUCCUUGAUAAUGUAAGAGAAACCCUUCAGUGCUGUGUUAUCCAGUGUAUGCUGGACACAGCAAAUCAACCUGUGGACUACAAUGAAAUCCAAACUCUGGACACAUACAAAAUGUUUCAAAAAGCUCAGCCUGGCAUUCCAGAAAGUGCCAUUGGAGACAUCCUCCACCUUCAAGAUUUAUCAAUACUAGAUGAGUCCACCUUGCCUGAGCAUUUUACAGAGAAACUCACAACAAGCAUACACUGUCUGUUCUGGAUUGUGAAACUGGUCUUUGUCAAGUGUAUGGAUGGAAAUUGUGCAAGAGAGAAAAGGUUGGAAGAGUCCAUUAGUACUCUGUACUUUAAAAGCUAUCAACGCCACAUAGAACAUGAAAAGGAACUUGGUGCAUUAAGAAGCAAGCAACAGGAAUUAAGGAAAACAAGAAAGCCAACUCAUAAAAACAUGGAUUGCAGAGGUAAAGAUUGGUUUCUUGCUUAA